UUGCUGCUUAUUCGCCACCUUCCACGCACUUCCUAUCAGGCGUAUCCCCCCCCGCGACCGUCCUCUGCGGCUUUUGAAGCAGUGGGUCAAACAACGACGCUAACACUGGAGCUGUAAAAUUACCAACGGGGGCUCCCGUUUAAAGCGCCGCAGCAAGCUCACCAGCCAGCGCAGUGUGAUCACUUGCGACUCUCUGAAACGACUUUGUUUCGGAGAAGUGCAAAUUGAUAUCCCAAAACCACUGCCGCCGCCGCACGUCCACCAAAAAUCACCCCAAAUCGAAGAAAAAUGGUUCAAAAUAAGAUCACCGAAGUCACUGGAUUCCACCGCUCGUUCAAGGGCCAAAAUCCCUUUGAAUCUGAUGACUUCACUAAAAAUGGAUCCCAUCUUAUUGAUUCUUCAUUUAAUUUUGAUUCCUCCCCAAGACAUGACAUGCCUUCCAGUCAGCCUAUUGACAUCCCCGAUGCCAAGAAGAGAAACAAGAAGAAAAAGCGUUGCCGGGCAACUGACAGUUUCUCUGGACGAUUCGAGGAUGUCUACAGACUGCAGGAAGAGGUAUUAGGAGAGGGCGCUUAUGCCAGAGUGCAAACAUGCAUCAACCUCAUCACCAACAAAGAAUAUGCGGUCAAGAUCAUUGAGAAAAGACCAGGUCACAGCCGCAGCCGUGUCUUCCGUGAGGUUGAGAUGCUCUAUCAGUGCCAGGGCCACAGUAACAUCCUGGAGCUGGUGGAGUUCUUUGAAGAGGAGGACAAAUUCUACCUGGUGUUUGAAAAGCUUAGAGGAGGGUCAAUCUUGGCACACAUUCACAAGAGACGCCACUUCAGUGAGCAGGAAGCCAGUGUUGUUGUUCAGGACAUCGCCAGUGCUCUAGAUUUCCUGCAUAACAAGGGAAUGGCACAUAGAGACCUGAAACCUGAAAACAUUCUCUGUGAGAGUGCAGACAAGAUUUCCCCAGUCAAGAUCUGUGACUUUGACUUGGGCAGUGGGAUAAAGCUGAAUAGUGACAGCUCACCCAUCUCCACCCCUGAGCUCCUCACUCCUUGUGGCUCAGCAGAGUACAUGGCACCUGAGGUCGUUGAGGCCUUUAGUGAGGAGGCCACCAUUUACGACAAGCGCUGUGACCUGUGGAGCCUUGGAGUCAUCCUCUACAUCAUGCUAAGCGGCUACCCACCCUUCGUAGGUCGCUGUGGUGGUGGCUGUGGCUGGGAAUUAGGGGAACCUUGCCACACCUGCCAGAAUACUUUGUUUGAGAGUAUCCAGGAAGGAAAAUAUGAAUUUCCAGAGAAAGACUGGGCUCACAUCUCCUCAAGUGCCAAAGACCUAAUAUCCAAACUUCUCGUUCGGGAUGCCAAAAACCGCCUGAGUGCCAGCCAGGUGUUGCAGCACCCCUGGGUGCAGGGGGGUGCAUCUGAUACUUUGCCGACAUCCAUCUUGCAUCAAAGAAACAGCAAUGCCAGGGAUCUGACAUUCUUUGCGGACAAGGCCAUGGCUGUGAACCGGCAGCUGGCUGAACAGGAUGGCAUGGAAGACCAGCAGCAGCAGGAAGUCCCAUUUGUUGUUACCGCUACUGGCUCUUCUAUGCACCUCUCUCCUCCUUCCAACUCCAAGCUGGCCAGGCGCAGGCAGCGAAGCAGCCAGCCCAAGGGAGGACCUGUCUCUGCUGCAGAGCUUCGUCAGCUCUUGGCCCCUCUUGUGAUUGUGGGAGACUGUGCCUGAACUUUGUCAACCCUGACCUCCGACCUUCCGUUAAGAUUCAAGUCCAGAUCUCGGACUGCCCUGAGACUCUCCCUCUCCAAUUCUGGCCCCUCUCCCUGGCUCUAGCUGGCCUUGGUUCCUCUGCCAUUCAGGCUUUCUUGCCUCGCUGUAAAGGGAGAUGUUGCUUGUAGCCCUUUCUCUAAAUGCCUUCUGUCCUUCUGCAGCACUUCUGCCCUUCUGCAGCACUUCUGAAGCACAUCAGCCCAGGGCCUGCAUAUAGCAAACACACACAUAUGUGCAUGUCAGAGUUUGGGAGGAGGGCCAGUUAAUGAUUUGGGAGAGAGAGGGAGAGAGAAGUAUUUUCUAAGUUAAGUUCUUUAUUUCAUAAAACUCAGCUCAGAAGAAAUCAGAACACUUAUCUUCGAAACUAAGCUCAGACACCAAAGGACAACCUGUUGUGCUGCUCCCACGUUACAACUGGAUCCACUGUGAAUUAAGUUAUCUGGAAUGUUCUCUUUGCCUGUAUGUAUAUGCAUGAAUGGCCCAUCUGCAGAUACGUACAAGCUUAUGCAAUAUGCCAAGAUGAAGGCUGUUCUGUUUCGAAGGGAUUUAGUAUAAGGGGUUGGAAGGGCUGUUAGCCAAUGCUGUCUGUGCCUGGUGCGGUCUAUUAUGUGGCUGGGGACUUCAAAGAUUUUGUGGGGGGGGGGGUUUGUUGUUUUGUUUUUUUUUUUUGACCUCAUUUAAGAAAUUCCUCAACACUGAGCCUCUUCUGUAAAUGUCUGAGAUAAAACACGCACUCAUCUAGCUUGGUGGCCAUGCACUUAAUGCUCCUAGAGCAAAGAAUGUUCGUCUGUACCCAGCCAGCCAUUACUUACUGUCGCAGUGAUUCAGUUUAUUUUCUGAACAUGUGUCCUAAAUUAUCAGCGGCCACACCUUUCAGUGUAUGUGAUCAUCAGACAAGUCUAAUAGUAUUUAAUUAAACUAUUGCACUUGGGUUAUGAUGCAGGGCCACUGCAAAAUCAGACCCUCUGAGCUAGCUCUGAAGUAUCUGGUGUUUGUAUAAGCCAGUUAUGUUAAAUGGCCAGGCAAGUGAAACUGGGUUACUUGUUGAGAAUUCAUGACAUGUCCCCUUGCCACAACCAGAGCUUGUUUUUUGUUUUUUCCCUACAAAUCAAUUUAUGCAUUAGAUUAACCUUGAAUAUUUUGGCAGUAAAGGUUAGACCUCCGUUCAGGGGUUUGAAAAGCACAUUUUGACCAAUGUGACCCCAGUGUCAUUUAUUGAUUGAACAUUUAUUUGGACCAUAAUUUUUGUUUCCUAAGGGUUCACCAGUCUUAUGUUUGAUGAGAAACCCCUUUUAAAAAUAGUGAUAUUACAAAUUCUCAUAACAAAAUCUGAGGCAGAUGAGAUUUUUCAAAAAAGAAACAUUAAAAAAAAGGAAAAACAUUCCACAAAACAAAAAACAAAAAAAAAGUCUUCCACGAACGUGUAGCUGUAUUAAGUUUACUUUUUAUGUUUGAAAACUCCAUGUCAAUGUGCCACACUGAUUUUUUUUCCCCCUUUUUUAUAGCUGUUAAUAAGCUUUUAUUUUCUAUGACGAUUUUCAUGCAGGUGCUGUUCAGUUCAGGUGAAACACCGGAUGUUUUCCUUUAAGUUCUUUUUUUUUUUAUGUUUUUUGUUUUCAAAAGUUCAGAGUAUGUGGUGUAUGAGGUGAGAUGGAAAGAGUUUAGUUGAGCUGGAGCGUUCAUGCCCAGUGAAAGCGAGUUUUAAUUUUUUUUUGUGUAAGAGUUGGCAAUAUUUUUUCUUUUUUUUUUUUUGUUCAGAUUAAGUUCAUUAAGCUCAUUCUGAAACUGACAGGUUAUGGAUUGGUGAUGAGGUCUCACAACACUGUAGCCAUUUCACCAAAGAGGGUUCAAGUCAUGACAUUGAACAUGUGAUCCAUCACCUAGCAGUGAGAAGUGGGGACUUCUGAUUGUCCAUGUCCUGUUGCCAGCACUGCAGCGACGGUACUCUGGUAAUGGCUCCGUUGGUGUCGAAAGAGCCAUUAUACUGAUAAUAGGACACUGUAAUAGUUCUAAAAUACCUUUCUACAGAUGCAUAAUUAUGGGUUUUAUGUCUUAUAAUAAGACUUACUUGAAUUUGUGUAUGCAGCUGUUUCUUCUCCAUUUGGGAAACUACUUUGCUAUCAGUAAUCUCAAAGCAUUAAGCUGAUGAUCAAGGUAAUCUUGGGGUUUUGAAAUUACCAAUACAGUUCAGUAUUCUGCCUUUUUCUCCCUUUUGAGCAUCAGACAAAUUAGUCCCUACCUUUUGAUAGGGUUGGAUACUCAGAAACGCACAGACUUUGGCCAUACUCUGGAAUAUCCUGAAUGGUAUAAUAAGAGUUUUCUUGGUCAUUACCAUUUCUACUUUUGUCAAACGGCAGUAGCUUUUUGGACUGCCUUUUAUUGGGGGGAAAGGGGACAAAAUGAUAUCCUUAUGCCUCGCAAUUUUUAUAUUGUAAGUCAUUUUGAAACAAGAAAGUGUUAAAAUUCAGUCUUUCAUUCAAAUGGACAGUCCAUCACCCUCCCCACAAUUUGAAUGUAGCCCACAGGCAAAAGCAUUUACAAUCCAGCAACAUUGAUCAAAUGUUUUAUACAUGGUUCAUUUCAUGGACAUGGUGUGGGGUCAUUCUGUUGAUACAGUCCUCUUUUUUGAGAGUUGACACCUGAGUUAAACACUGUCUCAAAUCACCCCAAGCCCACUAUGUUCAUGGGAAGAAAUUUGACAAAUACAUCCUUUACAAAAAAUAUUUUGAUUUAAAAUAAGCACUUUACUGUACCAUGUGAAUGAUUGCAGUUCACUCAAGGCAACAUUUAUGACAGUUGCUACAGAAUUUUGUAUUGUUUUUCUAAAAAAAAUGCAAUAAAAUGCUUUGAACUA